UCCGCUGAGAACAAGAUGGACAGCAGUAACUUGGCAGUAAUUUUUGCUCCAAAUCUCUUGCAGUCGAGUGAUGCUGACAAAAUGUCAGCUCACACCGACAGAAAACUUCGAUUGCAAGCAGCAGUUGUACAGACACUUAUCGACCAUGCAGAAGAAAUAGGACACAUACCAAAGUUUAUCCUGGAAAAGAUACCUGCUAUGCUUGGUAUUGAUGAUUCUGUCUCUACUCCAUCACUACAAGAUUAUGAAGAAAGUGAAGGUGAAACUCCUGGGGAACACAAGCGGAGGAGGAGACGGAGCAUAGGAGUAUUUUCAUCAGUGACCCCAAUGAUUGUUACUCCAAGUAUUAAGCGUAAAUGCCCUGCUGAUUCCUGUCAAGGUUUCUCUAGCAAGAAAAGACGAUCUCUCAGGCAUAACUUGGCUCUUGAAUUGCUACCGAGUAGCCUUUUUAGCAUUAGUUCAACACCUGCAUCAGCUCAGUUUGAAGCAAGUCCUUGCAUAUCUCUUGAGGCAACUCAGAGUUCACCAUCUACCUCAGCCACUAGUAACAAACAGUUGCCUAGCAUAGGAAGCCGAAGAAGCAAAAGGAUUGCCAGCAAAAAAGUUCACAGGGUUGAGUCUGGAAAAAUGGGUUGUUUUUCUCCUAAGAUUAGCCGGAAAGAAAUGGUGCGCAGGUCGUUGCGAUUAAAGUUCAGUUUGGGAAAGAGCAGCAAGGAGAAUACUGCAGUAGGGCAUCCAGUUACCACCAGAUCUGAAAAUAUUGGUCGUCGACUUGCAAGUCAACAAGACACAGAGAGUGGAGCAGAUUCUGUAAAGACCAUUGCAUUAUUAAGCCCGUGUGCUGGUGACUCUAAAACGAAGAAAGGUUCCAAAAACAUCAGCAAGUCAGAGGAGAACCUGUUAAUUCCAAAUCACCUUGAUGAAAGACGCUAUCGAAUGUCCUGGACAGGUCCCAGUACCACAAAACCUCAGGAAACCAGUAACAGUGGUGCUGUUUUAAAGGCAUGUCUUGAAGAUGAAGCCUGUUCUUCAGAGCCUGCUCUUACUACUAGAAAAUAUUCAGCCCUUACUGCUGUGCCCAGGCCCACUGAAGCAAGUACUGAACAGGACAGCAAUAAACAACAAACUUCAUUCUGUGAGGAAGAAAAUAAUUUGACAGACACUUUAUUGAAAAUUAAGAAAGCGUUUUCCGAAUCUGGAAGUAACCUUCAUAACUUAUGUGAAACAGAACCUUCACAAUUAAAUUUAACACAAGAAAUGGCAUGUAUGUCAGAAAGCGUGGAGAGACAGUGUUUAAAAGUUCAGGAAAUGGCAGAGGUAGAAAAGGAGAGUCUGCUUGCUAACUCUGCGAAUGAACUCAGUGCCACUAACAAACCUCAGUCAAACAUGGAUGAAAUGAAAACUGUGGAGGGACCCUUCUUACAAAAUACUUCAUUGCCUGAUCAUCCGGUCUAUGAAUUAAGCAAAAGUGGUGACUCAGUACAAGAGGACCAGCCAACUGAGCUGAUUUUUCCAGGUGACCAUUUGAAUACUAUACACACUCUGCAAAAAGGAAUUCUAGAAUCAAAUUGGCAAUUCACCACAGAAGGUAUUGUUGAAGAUAACACAUUAAAAUUCUGUAAUUCAGAGAAAAAGACUGAGGAACUUGUUGGAAAAAAAGGAGAGCUACUUCUCUCUCAGCUGCCAGAAGUUGAAGACAGGAGCAGCAAACUGUACCUGCAUAUGGAAACUUUUGAAAAAUCCAAACCUUCACCUUCAGGAAAGGUUGCUGACCAUAUACAUUGGUUCAACAAACUGUCAUUGAAUGAACCCUGCUCUGCAACCAAACCCAAACCAUCUCUGAAGUUUCAACGUACCCCUGUCCGUCAGUCUGUAAGGAGGAUGAACUCCCUCUUGGAGGCUAAUAGGCAAGCAGUUACCUGCAGACUAAUGAAAUCUGGUGAUGGGUAUCCCCUUGUUAAGUCAAUGAGUUUUGAAACCGCACUACCCUCCUUUGCAGAAGGUGCCUCCAGUACAUCUACAAUUUCACUACCUUCUGAAGCAAUGAACAAGCAAAUAUGUACAUGUGAUCAGCUUGCUUUGUCUUCCAAAUCUUACUCACAAGUGAUACAUUCAAUAGAACAAGCUGGAAACCUUGAUAAAACAUGCAAAGAGAAAUUGAUUUCUUAUAACCAAUCCAAAUCUGUCCUUGAAGACCUCACAAAUCAUGAAACACCAAAAACAGUUGUAAGAGCGAACACAAGUAUGAAUGUUUCAGUUGCUACACCUGAUAAAUGUGCUUUUAGAAAGACCUUGGCAGAAAAAAAGCCUCGUUACAGAGGGUCUCCAAAGAACCCAAUUUCCACAACUCAGCUUCUUCCAAUUAUUAAGCCUCUUGAUUUAUAGGUUUAACAACAACCAAUUCUAAUCCUGCUUACUUGGAUGUCCUUUUUAUUUCAGUGAGCUCUUGCAUCAAGGUACACGUUUAGGAUUGUAGCCACAUCCUGUUGAAUGAUUACUUAACUCUGUUUUUAGAAAAAAAAUUAAAGAAUGGUUUAGUUCUCCUUAAAUACACCUGUCCCUUGAAUCUGCUGCAAAUAUCAGUGGUGACUGAAGCUUAAACAAGUAAAUUCUGUUAAUAUAAAGGAUAGCUCUACCUCUGUGGCUUCUGAUAGGUUAUAUACUAAUUUUGUAUUUUGAAUGGAAUUUCUGGAGGGGGCAGAUUUGCUAGUGCUGCCGGCUGCUGUAAUUUGAAAUGUCAAGUAUCGGGGAAUCUGUCUUCUAGAAACCUGACAGUUAAAACUGAGUAGCCCUUCUUAGCAAAGUAUAGACCUUAUAUUUGGGGAGCCUUUUUUCACAGCCUUGAGUUUUGCAAUACAGCCAGCUGCUGCAACAUUCACACGUAUGUGAAACAGUACUGUGUUCCAAUUUCUGUGAACAACAGCAACCAUGUGGGAAACCAAGAGCUUGUGUAUUUCUGAAAGCAAGUGAAUUUUUGUAAACUAAAGCAACUGGCCACCCAGUAAAAUGUUAGCAGCUCUUAGACAUUUUUCUAGGUAGUCAGCUGUCUAAUUUUAUGUACAUUGGGGCUUCUAGCACACUGUAGAAUAUUCUGAUGCAGCUAUACUAUGUAACUGGGGAGAGGGACAAAAAUAACCUGCAGGUCUUAAUUUUUUAAUUUUUUUUAGAGAAAUACAGCCAACUGUAUAAUUCUAAAAUAUAAAAUAUGCUGAUUAUGUCACUGAAAUAAAACAAACUGUAAAAAGCCAUACUGUUCAUUUGCACAAAUGGAUACUUACAAUGGUCUGAUCUUUUAUUGAAAAUGGUCAUCGGUUAUCCAGUGUAAAAAUUAUUUAAACUUGAAACUGAUUUUUCUUUAGCUUUCUGUACACUUUGAUUUGCAAUGGGAGUGUUAAGCUCCUGUCUCUUUGAAAUAAAAAAAAGCUUUUAACUUUU